UUCGUAGUGAAUUUGCCAAGGCUUUGCGAGCGCUUAGCUGGCCACCAAUCAACCACAACAAAAACGUAAGCAACAAAAACAACAACAACCAAAUAUAUUUACAACACUAAUAACUUGGAUUACAACAGCGGUAGCCACAGCAACAACACCAAUUAUAGCGCAAAAAACAUUAGCAACAAGAAGCGGCAACAUUUCGACGCAGACUAUAGAACCGGCGAUUUGGAUCUCACACUAAACUGUAAGAAAGGUGACCGUUAUUAAUGGAAAUAAUGUUUAAGCUGCUGGUGGUACUAACAACAUCAACAUGCUUAUUCUCGACUGUUAAUUCCGGUGUACCAAUUGCAACUGGUGGUCCAUCACUGAUCUACGAAGGCAAAGACGCCUUGCUCACAUGCGUUGUCUCAGAGAAUCGCGCCAAUCACACAGUGAUAUGGAAGAAAUCCGACGAAAUACUCACAGCCGGUAUGGUGAGAGUGACGAGCGAUACACGUAUCAGUGUGUUGCAUGACGAAAAUCCCAAAGGCCUGGAGUCGGGCGGUGAGGUGUGGGUGUUGCUCGUAAGACGUUUGACUACCGAAGAUUCGGGUAGUUACAUCUGUGAGCUGAAUUCCGAGCCUGUGCUCAGGAGUAUACAUAUACUCACAGUCAAGCAGAUACCCAGCGGCAAUAGCAACAUCACGACCACAACAGAGUCGAGUGAUGUCUAUCUCGUGCCGCCGCCACUUGAUGCCACCGACAAUCGUUCGUUUUGGCGCGGGCCCACUGUCGCGCCACAAAUCACACACGAUUUCACCGAAUGCUGCGAACGCGCUAACGUCACCUCCGAAUGCAUGGGUUUCUGUAAUGUGCAUAAUAUAAUCGACGGCACGACGGGCAUAGAGCCCGAAGCUUGCGAGAAGGACUUUCCGAAUAUUGUACGUUGCAUGGCAGAUGGACGCGAUCAUGUGCCAUGCUGUGUGGAUAAGCAGAUACCGGAUUUGUGUCAGGAUAUGUGUCGCGGUGAGUACACACCUUUCACGGAUCUGCUGAAGACGCGUGUGUCUUGUGUACAUCACACACUCAGUGGUCUGCAGUGCAUACUGCAGGGCGUGCAGAAUAUACCCAGCACACCGACAACUGUUACAAUUGAUCAUGUGUCAGAGACGCGUGUCACGGUGCAUUGGUAUGAACCGGAGAAGCUGGCUCACAAGGUGACCUACUACAGUGUGAACUUAACGGCACUGCACAGUUUCGAUGAAGAUGAAGUGUCCAAUGCGUACUCAUUGAAGAAACGUCCAUUAGAGCAGACGAUUAUACGCACAGUGCCAGCUAAUCAGACCAUGCUGUCGCUGCAAGAUCUCACGCCGCUCACAAUGUACGCGAUAGUGGUGACGGCGCAUAAUGAGUACGGUUCGAGUUUACCCAGCGAACGUUUGCGUGUGUUCACCCAUACCAGUGAGGUAUUCACACCGAGAAAUGACGAUGCCGAAGAGUCUGCAUCGGUGGAGAGCAUUAUGCCAGCACUGCCGAAUAUACGUAGCUGUUGUGAGGCCAAUGGCAUGACGCAUCGCAAGUGUCUCGAUAAGAUGUGUGAUCCGCAGAAGACAGAUCUUGCCACACUGCCGGACUUUAUGGUCUGUGCACCUUGGUCCAAUAUCACUUUCACUUGUCUAGCGAAUAAAAUCGAUCACACGCCCUGCUGUCGGGCGCGUGGUAUACCGGCGGUCUGCUUCCCACUCUGCUCGGGCAAAAUAUCUACCCUGGACUUUAGUCUGUUCAAGUGCCUACGCUUCAUGUCCGAGUACAGCAGCUGCCUCUUCCAGGGUUACGGUGUGCUCGCUGAUCCACCUUCAAUGAUACGUACUGUGGCUAAGGCCGACAACUUCAUAAUUUUGGACUGGGAUAAACCCAAACGCUUGGCCGACACAAUCAGCACUUAUCAUGUGAAGUUUCGACGUUUGGGCGAAGGAGAUGACUAUCUGACUGUAGUGAAGAAAAACCCACCACUCAUCUUGGAGGGACUCGAACCCGAAGUCUACUAUGAAUUCUAUGUAGUCUCCGUCAAUCAGUAUGGCAAAAGUGAAGCAUCACCACGUCUCAUUACGCGCACACAACCCGCCGAGGCGGUGGAUGAGCCCGAACCGGUUUACAAUAUGACAAAAUGCUGUCAGGCAUCCGGCUUGCUGCCACAAUGUGCGCCACUCUGUUCGUACAACAUCAAAUUGUCGGAUAUUGAAAAGCUCGGACCGGCGUGUCGAGCGCAAAUGUCUGUUAUUGUGCGCUGCGCCGCCGGCGGACGUGAUCACACACCCUGCUGUCAGCGUCGUGGUGUGCCCACCGCCUGCAUGACCAUCUGUCGUGGUGUCAUGCCGCAAAACACAAAUGGCGGCGGUGGUAGCAGUGGCGGCGCGUUGAGUGGCAGCAGCUAUAGCGGCAACAAUGCGACGACCUCCAGUGAUUGUUUAUCCUACGCGGGCAAUAUUUUGCAGUGUAUCGAAGAAGGCACCGAGAGCAUACCCGGUCCGGCUGAGGAUGUGCACGCUACUUCGGUAACAAAUACCACAAUUAGCUUGACUUGGCGACAACCCGGCUACGAAGCAAGUGCACCUACUGCAGCAACAACAACAGAGAUUGACAGUGAAGUGGAUGACAGCAGCAAGAAAACUACAGCUGCGGGCAACGCGAACAAUGACAUUGCCACUGAUGGUGGCAGUGUUGCGUCGAUAUCAUCCAACAGCGAUGAUGAUGAUAUCGAUUUUAUCGUGCAAUAUGGCAAAGUCAAUAAUAUGACGCUCUAUGAGACUGUGGCGAAACUGGAAAAUGAAUUGACCACAAACGAGACCAGCAUUGCGCUGACGAAUUUGGAGCCGCACGCAUUGUAUCGCAUCAUGGUGGUGACGCGCGGACGCUAUGGUACAGCGCUUCCAUCUUCAAUGUUGCUGAUCAAUACCACCGAGGAUGAGAAUGCCACGAUCAAGAAUGAUACCUAUGGUGCACCAUCGCCGCCGCAUUCGCUGUCGAUUACAUCACACAGCGCGACUUGGAUGCAAUUGACUUGGCAACCACCAGAAUAUUCGCAUCCGCAUGAGAAGAUUACAUACAGAGUCUACCACAAACCCAUGAAAUCGGAGAGAUUCAACAAAAUCGAAACUAAAGUGGCAUGGCUUCGCAUGAGCAAUCUGAAACCCAGCUCACAACACAUACUUUACGUCGAAGCAAUUGGUGAGCAUGCGACAUCUCUUCCCUCCGAGACGCUAGUGGCAUGGACUGAUCCAGCGUUGCCGGCAUUUGUUGAUCCGCCCACAGUACAUCCCGCAGACAAUAUACCCGAAGGCGGAUCGAUGACUAUACUCUGCUUAGCUUUGGGUAAUCCGGCACCUACCAUUUCACUGUACGUCGGUGGACAUUUGGUGCGUCAGGACACGUCAAGACACAUGGUUACCGUUAUACAUAAUGUCACUGCGGACAUGGAGCAUAUUUCCUGCUAUGCAGACAAUGGUUAUGGUGUGCCUAUGCAGGCCACAAGAAGAGUAAAUAUUUGCUAUGCACCAAAAAUUGCCGCCGCCGGCAUCACCGUCGCCUCUCUUGGCGAUGAGGUCGAGCUGCGUUGCACAGUCGAUGCGAAACCGACACCAAAGACCAUUUUCUGGCGUGAUCAUGAUGGCCGCGUGCCAGUUAUACAGGGUGGUCACUUUGAUAUCUCCACCAAGAUGAAUGAAUCGCAUACAAAUCUCUACACAAUGUCGCUGCGCAUCAAUAAAAUGUUGGCGACGGAUGUGGGUGAUUACUUCUGUCAUGCGGAAAAUGCGUUCGGUUCUGCGACGUCGGCGGUUUCGGUGCGUAUACGCACGACACCCGCGCUGGGACGCAAUGUCUCCGAGUGUUGUCGUCAAAUGAAUGUAUCGAUGGCCUGUCGAGCCGCUUGCAGUUAUUACGUCGACAUCGAAGCGAUCGCCGAUAAGCCCGAGUGUAUUGUGGACUUUGAUAAGCUGAUGAAAUGUGCGGCGGAUGGUUCGGACCAUCGUAGCUGUUGUGCGGAUGCGAAUGUGCCGAGAAAGUGUUUGAAUUGGUGUCGCGGUGAUGCGGUGCGUUCGAAGGAGAUCUGCAGUUUGCAGUAUUCACGUACAAUUGUGGGUUGCUUUGAGAUGAAUAGGGAUAAAUUGCCGGGACCACCGGAGAAUAUUGCUGUCAGCGUUGUUUCGGACAAUGAAGUGAUGAUUAGAUGGGAUCCGCCACAAAAGAACCCCAACGUUGUCGAAGGUUAUCGGAUAUUUUACCACGAAGCAGCCAUACUUGCAGGCGACUCGAGUGAGUCCAGUGGUGAUGGCAUGACCUACAAUGCAACAACGCUGCAAAAUAACACCGAAAUCAGACGCAUUGAUGUGAAGGACACCACGGUGAAUAUAAAUGGGCUGAAGAAGGACGUGCUCUAUGAGCUCGUGGUGAAAGCUGGCAAUUCAUUUGGCGCCAGCAUUCUCACUGACCCCAUUAAAUUCACGCUCGGCGAUCAUCAUGUCACCUCAGCGACAACAUAUUCGAAUGCUGUCGGCACGGUCAGUGGCAUUGUGGCCAGCAUUUUGGCUGUGCUAUUAGCUGCUGCGGCCAUUGUAUUUUAUCGCCGUCAUCGUGCACGUAACGGUAAGGCUGUUAAUGGUGUGGCAUUUGAGAAUCCAACAUAUACACGCGGACUGGAGCAAGUUCAGCUGCCCACAGUGACAUCGGCUAUCACGCAUGCCGGUAGCACCGGCCAGACGGCGCAACGUGAUGGCAUCGUCAACGAUGCGAAUGCGGACGCGCACACACAAUGCAACGAAGUAAAUCCGACAAUUUAUGAAGAGCUCAAACUUGGCCAAGAAGGUGCUGGAUUCAAGAAACUUGUGCCAUAAAUGCCAAAAAAAACUCAAACGCAAACACACACACAGAAGCACACAUAUACAACAAGAAAAUAAAAGAAAGAAAAAUGAAAACAAAAUAACAAAAUACUCCGCUUAGCUAACGACGCAAGCAACAGUUAGCUAAGAAGAGCAAAAAUAUAACAGCGAAACGCACAAAAAUAGACAUACAAACACACACGCACACCUAUACAACAAUAAAAACUUGUAGCUAGCAGCUGUUGUUGCUAUUUGUAUUGUAUUUGUAUUUGUUUGACGCUAGCACACUUAGGCGUAUACGUAACUUUUUGAAAAUGCAUGCUAGGCGGCAGCGAGUGAAGAGAAAAAUAAAAAAACACAACAAAACAUAAAAAUGUAUAAAAAACAAAAACAGUGAAUAAGCAUUAAAUGCUACAACAAAUUGUGAGUUACAAAGUAAUUUAAACUUAAAGUAUAAAAAAUCCAAAAACAAAAACAAUAAAUAAUCAUAAAAAAUAAAUCUAGCCUAGUUUAAAAAAAUAAAUAAAAAUUACACAAAAUAAUAAAAAAAAUAAAAUAAAAAAAAUUAAAUAAAAAAAUACAAUAAAAAAUUCACACUCAUAAUUUAAGUCGCGUGAAAUAAAAUUGAUUUGAAUCCUUAAUUUAAGUAGCAAGUGUAUCGUUUGUUUGUUGUACGUUAAACGUUAGAAGCGCACGCCCAUAAGCACACCGAUCACGAAUUGCGACAGACAUUUUUUCAGCGCUCGCGUGUAAGCUUAUUAGCAGCUGCUCUUACGUACGUACGCAAGUAGUUUGUAUAAAAUGGAGUUAAAUGAAAAAUUUUAAUAUUAAUUAAUAUUUGUUUAUGUGUAUACCCCUGUGUAUUUGCUUUAUUGUAUUACUAUAUCAAUUAUUAUUAUGUAUUGUAAAUUUUUAGCUACUAAAUUUAAAUUAAAAACUAAACCAAAAAAAGAUGAAAAAGAAAAA